GAGUCACGUUUUCGUUUUGGAUCCAGCAUGGCAGGGAAACAGAAGAGAAAGUUGGAAGAUCUCAGCAUGGAUGAGUUCCUGCUGUCAGGUUUUGACUCUGCAGGUGAAGACGCAUCUGAAGAUGACGCCUCCAAACAGAAUGUACCAAGAAAGAGGAAAGCGAGAUCUGCUGCUCCAGAGAUGAAUGAUGGGAAGAAAGGCCAGGCUUCAGAACACAAGGACCAACUGUCCAGGUUAAAGAGCAAAGACCCGGAGUUCUAUAAGUUCCUGCAAGAUAAUGACCAAACACUCCUGAACUUUGAUGACACAGACACCUCUGAGGAUGAAGAGGAGAGAAAAUAUCACACAUUACCAAGUCAUUUAGAGGAGGCCAGCUCAGGUGAUGAUGAUGCUGAAGAGGAAGGGCAUCAAAAGGAUUCUUCUAAGAAAUCCAAGAAGACAGUGGAUUCAGUCAAGGUCACAGAAAAAAUGAUUGAAGAAUGGAGAGCUGCUAUUAAGGAGGAGCCCACAUCUCGUCUCUUUAGAGAGGUUACCCAAGCUUUCAAGGCUGCUGUGGCCACUACCAAGGGUGAAGGAGGGGAUGUGUGUCGCUACAAAGUUGCAGACAGUUCAGUCUUCAACGCUCUGGUCCUCUUCUGUAUCAAAGACAUACAUAUGGCCUUGCAGAAGCUACUCAACCUUAAGCCAGAGAAAGACCAGAAAAAGCUGGUGCUCCCAUCGUCUAGUCCCAAAUGGCAAAGGAAUCAGGUGGACAUCAGGAUGUACCUGAGUGGAUUGGUUCAGCUGUUAUCCUGCCUGACGGAGGCCACAGUUAUCAGUGCGGUCUUGCGGCAUGUCAACCAGAUGGUACCUUUUUACCUUUCUCUGCCCAAACAGUGUCGGCACCUGAUCAAGCAACUACUGAAACAGUGGAGCACCGGAGAGGAGACGAACCGAGUCCUGGCCUUCCUAGCCCUCAACAAGCUCUGCAGACACAAGCAGGACACAUACCUUAAUACUAUUCUCAAGCAAAUGUACAUCUCGUAUGUGAAAAAUUGCAAGUUCACAUCUCCAAAUGUGCUGCCCAUGAUCAACUUCAUGCAGCAGACUUUGACAGAGAUGUACUCCCUGGACACACAGGUUACCUACCAGCAUGCUUUCAUCUACAUCAGACAGCUGGCUAUCCAUCUUAGGAAUGCAAUGACCAUGAAGAAAAAGGAGACGUACCAGUCUGUGUAUAACUGGCAGUAUAUCCACUGCCUGUGCCUUUGGUGUCGGGUCCUUAGCACACUGCACCCUAGUGACGUACUCCAGCCCCUCAUCUACCCUCUCUGCCAGGUUAUAAUAGGCACCAUCAAGCUGGUCCCUACAUCGCGGUAUUACCCACUGAGGAUCCACUGUUGCAGAGCCCUCACCCUUCUGUCAGGAAGUACCAAGACAUUUGUACCUGUUCUGCCGUUCCUGGUGGAGAUCUUCCAUCAAGUGGACUUCAACAAGAAGCCUGGACGCAUGAGCAAGAAACCCAUCAACUUUGCCAUUGUCCUGAAACUUAACAAGAUCAACCUAAUUGAGAAAGCCUACAAGGAUGGGUUAAUAGACCAGCUGUAUGACCUCAUCUUAGAGUACUUCCACACACAGGCCUGCUCCAUUGGCUUCCCAGAGCUGGCACUGCCCACCAUCCUUCAGCUGAAAGCAUUCCUUAAGGAAUGCAAAGUGGCUAAUUACUGCAAGCCGGUGCGGCAGCUGCUGGACAAGAUACAGGAGAACAGCAACCACAUCACAGGCCGGCGUCAGAGGGCUGCCUUUGGAGUGGCCGAUACAACUGCUGUGGUGGCCUGGGAGAAGCAGAUCCAGGAGGAGGGCACUCCCCUCACCAGGUACUUCAGCCAGUGGAAGAAGCUGAGAGAGAAGGAGCUCCAACUGGAGAUCUCAGGCAAAGAGAGGAUGGAGGACUUGGACCUCCCUGAGAUCAAACGUAGGAAGAUCAAGGAGAAGAAGACAGAGGACAAGAAGGAGUUUAAGGAGCUGUUUGAGUCUGAUGGCAGCUCGGAUGAUGACGGUGCUGGCCUCAAAGUAAAAGGUCAAAAUGGCGGUCAAGGUUCUGAUGAUGAUGAGGAAGAUCUUGAAGACAUUUCUGACAUGAGCGAUGAUGAGGGAGUGGAGGAAGGAGACUCAGAUGGUGGCAACAGUGAGGAGGAGGAAGAUGAUGACGGUGAGGAAGAAAAGCCCUCCAAGGCUCCUAAGCAGCGGUCCACCUCCGCUCUGAGAGAGUUGGCAGAGGGAGACGAGGAUUUGGUUGAGGACCUGGAGCUAUCUGACGCUGAAGAUGACUGAGGCUGUUAUGCUCGCCUACAUUAUGGGAACUGCUGGGUUUAUACUCAUUGUCUUGGUCUCACCAUGCGUGGAAUCUAUAUUGCAAUCUUGUUGGACUCCUUUGUGCUCGCUUGGCUUUCAUUUGAAUUUUGUACCAUUUCAGACAAUAUUGUACAGUUUGAACCUGUCCACGGUAUAAUUUUGUUAAAUGCUAAUAAUGCAAUUGCACAAAAAUUUAAUUUCAUGAC